AUGAAGAGGCUUGCAACGUUCUUCCUGCUUCUGGUUUAUGUGACGGCCUACAAUGGAACGGAUUCGUUAUCAGAUCCUAGUUCCCCUAGUUCUUGCCAUAAUAUCAAUCAUUUGCCUCUCAAGCAACAAUGUUCGUUUGUAAGGGAAAACUGUCAAGAUCUACAGGUUGGAACACUUAACUACUUCGAACUUUACUAUUGCAAAAUUGAGUCUCCUGCAGCCAGGCCAUUGCUUGUGAUUCCUCUCACCUUAGGGCUAAUGAGCGUUUUAUUUGUGAGUUUGGGACUUACAUCAUCAGAAUUUCUAUGUCCAAAUCUUUCUACGAUCAGUCACUUUUUUGAUAUCCCAGACAACCUGUCAGGAUUAACCCUUUUGGCUUUUGGUAACGGAAGCCCCGAUAUUAUGGGAACUUACGCUUCUUUCAUGUCUGGUGAUGGUUCAUUAGCCAUUGGUGAAUUAAUUGGAAGUGCCUAUCUGAUUACUUCGUUCAUCGUGGGAGCGAUGGUGGUAGUGAGACCUUUCAGGUUGUUCAAAGAUGGAAGCUCUGAUUUCACGAUACGAAACGAGAAACUAGUCUUUGUCAGAGAUCUAUUGUUUUUUGCGCUUGCAGUUGUGCUAGUCAUCAUAUUUUUAUCAGAUCGUGAGUUGUCUCUAGUUGAAUGCCUAGUUAUGGUGUCACUUUAUGCUCUCUAUGUUGCGGUGAUUGUUUCCUGGAAUUGGAUAGUUAAGUUUAACGAGGAAUUGAUACAGAGAGAUCAAACAGUUCGAAGUCUUUACGACGACGAUGAGGUAGAUGGAGAGCUCAACAUUUUCCAUCAACUGAACGAUAUCGAAGUGGAAGACAAUGAGAACAGCCAUGUGUUGAACGAGCUAAUGAAUGUAACUGGAACACAAAAUAAUACUAGCAGAAUAAGAUCCUCAGUUUUAGGAGCAUUAGAAUUCAAGAAUGUGUUCGAAAACUUGUCUAAAGAGCAAUCUUUCCCUGUUGAUCGACACGCUUUAAUAAACUUACGCCCUGAAUCAGAACCAGCGUACUUCGAUGACCCUACAGAUGUGGAAAAUAGACCUGUUACAGAGCCAAUACUAGCCUACAGAGAUGGCGAUUACGAAGCUCGUACUCAUGAUAUCGACCUUGAUGUUGAUGAUUCCGAGAACUUAAAAACUCUAAUGUCUGCGUUUUACAAGAAACGACAUUCAAGUCCAAGAAGGAGAUUUCAGCGAUUAGUCUUGCUACUUAUUCCGACAUUUGCCAACUUCAAAGAUUCUUCGUGGAUCAAUAAAAUAUUCAUACUAUCUUCAGCACCAAUAGUAUUGUCGUUGACCCUGACGAUUCCAGUCAGAUUAAUAUCAGAUUUCCAAGACAUUCCUGAAUCUGAAACAAUUGAAGGAUCCGGAACUACUACUAAUAGAACAACCAGCCUUCGAGCCCAAGUCUCUCUGCUGAUAACACAAGCAUUUUUCUCAUUUUUACUCCUUACAUUUGCAACCGUUGGAACAUCAGAUGGUUUUGCAAUCUACGUUGUAUUUUCACUGAUCUGCUCUUCAAUCGUAUCAAUGAUUAUUUAUUCGGUUCUAGUGUCACCUGUAUCAAAGUCCCCUACCAAAUCCUCCAACUUAGUCAACAUUGCCUUAUCAUUUAUAGGGUUUGCCUCUUCCAUUGCAUGGAUCUCAAUUUUUGCAGAAGAAUUGAUCAACAUAUUCAAGUUCUAUUCUGUUUUUUUCAAGAUAUCCGAGGCUAUUUUGGGUUUGACUAUCUUUGCGAUUGGAAAUUCCAUCGGAGAUUUCAUAUCUAAUCUUACUAUUGCAAAAAUGGGUAUGCCAUUAAUGGCCCUGGCGGCUUGUUUUGGAGGUCCUUUAUUGAACUUACUGAUGGGAAUUGGAGUCAAUGGGCUUAUAGUGCUCCUCAGCAAUAAUGAAACGUCAUUUCACAUAGACAUCUCGUCAACACUGUUUACUUCCUCUUUAUUCCUUCUACUCAGUUUGGUUUUCCUGUUAGUUGCGAUACCGCUCAAUAACUGGUAUUUUGAAAGAUGGAUAGGUACGGUUAUAGUGGCAUUUUGGUGCGUUGGUACCACCAUAAACGUGCUGAUCGAAUUAUUUGGGUACUAG